AUGUCAUCGCGGUCAAGUGUAUCGCAAGAUACCCAUCCCGGAGAAAAGACAGAGAUGGCCGACUCCGCUCAAAGCGAAACCGAACUGGACCGAUACAAAUCCGAAGAAGUGACGUUUGCUCCGAUCGCCACAUCGGCUGUCCACGACGGCGCGCCACUCCAAGCACAGCGCUCGAAUGGGUCGAAAUCUAUGAAAUCUAUUGAGCGGCGAUGGUCAUUAAAUGAUGGAACUAGUAUCGUGGGCAAUGAUCAAGCUGGCGGGGACCAGGAUACCGAGUACACCGUCGGUUGGGACGAGAACGAUCCACUCAAUCCGCGCAACAUGAGCAAAGGUCGUCGGUGGUUGAUUGUGAUCAUUGUCUCACUGGGAUCGCUUUGCGUGACGUGUACCUCGUCGAUGUAUACAACAACAUACAAUCAAUUGAUGAGCGAAUUCGGUUGCUCGCAGGAGGUUGCGACUCUUGGCUUGUCGUUCUUUAUCUGGGGACUUGGUUCGUUACCUGAUACCAAAACUUGGUGUCGAUUUGGGCAAUAUAUUGAUGCGUUGGUUUGUAGGAAUUGGUCCGCUUUUCUUGAGUCCCUUGUCCGAGUGGCCAAGAACACCCAGACUAUGCUCAUCGCUCGAUUCUUCAAUGGACUAUCUGGCAGUGCGUUCUUGAGUGUUGCUGGUGGUACGGUUGGCGAUAUGUUCGAUCGUCAUGAGCUUGCCUUUCCCAUGAUGCUUUACACUGCGAGUCCAUUCGUAGGACCUGAAGUUGGCCCUCUGGUCGGUGGCUUCAUCAAUGCAUAUACCAGCUGGCGCUGGGUGUUUUACGUUCUCCUGAUAUGGACUGCCGUGCUGCUCAUGUCGAUGAUCUUCCUUGUUCCUGAGACAUAUCAUCCUGUACUUUUGAGGCGCAAGGCGCAGAAGCUCCGCGAGGAAACCGGAGACGACCGAUGGAAAGCCCCGAUUGAGAAACUCGACCGCUCAGUGGCUCAAACCGUUCUGCGCUCGAUGUAUCGCCCCGUUCUUCUCCUGACAUUAGAGCCUAUGUGCUUGUGUCUCUGUAUCUUCUCGGCUAUUCUGCUGGGUAUUCUAUACCUGUUCUUCGGCGCUUUUCAGCUAGUCUUCUCCGAAGUCUACGGCAUGGUCAUCUGGCAACGCGGUCUAUGUUUCCUUGGUCUUUUCGUGGGCAUGGUUAUUGCAAUCCUGUCGGAUCCGGCUUGGCGUUGGAACUAUAUCCGCCUGGAGCGUAACCAUGAGAAGGCAACUAACAAGUUCGAUGAUUUCCAACCAGAAUGGCGACUUCCCUCAGCCAUCUUAGGUGGUCCUUUGGUCACUAUAGGCCUGUUUAUAUUUGCUUGGACCAUCUACCCUGAUGUCCACUGGAUCGCGCCUAUCAUUGGCAGUGCCAUUUUUGGUGCAGGGACAAUCCUAGUAUACUCUGGCAUCUUCACCUUCUUGGUCGAUGCGUACCCAACAUUUGCCGCCAGCGCGCUGGCCGCCAAUAGUUUCACCCGGUCAUCCUUCGGAGGCAUCUUCCCUCUGUUUGGUAUUCAGAUGUACAACAACCUUGGUUUUCACUGGGCAACUUCACUGCUCGCGUUUCUAACCCUUGUCAUGACCCCUUUCCCAUACCUCUUUUAUCGAUACGGAAGUCAAAUCCGAAAGAAGAGUCGAUUUGCAACCUCGCAGAUGUGA